UUAUGAGAUGCUGCAAGAUAACGUUGAAGGCUAUCGGCGAGAAAUAACGUCGCUGCAUGAAAGAACCCAGAAGCUCACAGCAACAACUCAGAAGCAAGAGCAGAUAAUUAACACUAUGACUCAAGACCUGAGAGGAGCUAACGAAAAGCUGGCAGUGGCAGAGGUGAGAGCAGAAAACUUAAAAAAAGAGAAAGAUAUCCUAAAGAUGUCAGAUAUGCGUUUGACUCAGCAACGUGAGUCUUUAUUAGUUGAACAAAGAGGACAGAACUUGCUGCUCACUAAUCUGCGAACUAUUCAGGGAAUACUGGAGAGAUCCGAGACAGAAACAAAACAAAGACUCAAUAAUCAGAUAGAAAAGCUAGAGCGUGAGAUAUCUCAGCUGAAGAAGAAACUAGAAAGUGAGGUGGAACAAAGACAUUCCCUUACCAAAAAUCAAGAGGUUCAUAUCCUGGAUCUUAAGAGGCAGCUCGAGACUGAGACAAACCGUCACAUUAACACUAAGGAACUUUUAAAGAAUGCCCAGAAAGAAACUGUGAUGUUGAAACAGCAGCUUAACAAUACAGAAGCUCAGCUAGCAUCUCAGUCAUCGCAGAGGGCUCCAGGGAAAGGUCAGUCUAGUACAAAUGAAGAUGUUGAUGAUCUUGUUAGUCGACUAAGACAAGCUGACGAACAAGUUAAUGACCUGCGAGAAAGACUCAAGACGAGUUCAAGUAAUGUGGAACAGUACAGAGCCAUGGUUCUUAGUCUAGAGGAAUCCCUCAAUAAGGAAAAGCAAGUGACAGAAGAAGUUCGUGCAACAGUUGAAGCUCGUCUGAAGGAGUCAUCAGAGUACCAAGCACAGCUAGAAAAGAAGCUGAUGGAGUCAGAAAAAGAAAAGCAAGAAUUGCAAGAGGAGAAGCGUAAAGCUGUGGAGAACAUGGAACAACAGCUAUCGGAACUAAAGAAGAGUCUGUCAACCGUGCAAACAGAAGUUCAGGAAGCUCUUCAGAGAGCCAGCACAGCUCUAAGUAAUGAACAACAAGCCAGACGGGACUGCCAGGAACAAGCAAAGAUGGCUUCUGAAGCUCAGAAUAAAUACGAGCGUGAAUUAAUGCUUCAUGCUGCCGAUGUUGAAGCAUUACAGGCAAUUAAAGACCAAGUUGCCAAGAACACGGCGGUAAGGCAGCAGCUCGAGGAAGCUGCUCAGAAAGCUGAGUCUGAAUUGUUAGAGAGCAAAGCCUCGUGGGAGGAGAGAGAGAGAAUGAUCAAGGAUGAAGCUUCAAAACUCGCAUCCCGCUGCGACGAUUUGGAAAAACAAAACCGAUUAUUACACGAACAACUGGAGAGUCUGAGUGAUAAGAUGGUGACGUCUAUGAAAGAAGCCGUGCCGACUGCAAUGAAUGUUUCUCUCAAUGAGGAAGGCAAAUCCCAGGAACAAAUCUUAGAAAUUCUUAGAUUUAUACGUCGAGAAAAGGAGAUUGCAGAAACGAGAUUUGAGGUGGCCCAGGUGGAGAGUUUACGUUAUCGUCAGAGAGUGGAGUACUUGGAGAGGGAACUCCAGGAACUGCAGGACAGUCUCAAUGCCGAGAGAGAGAAGGUGCAGGUGACAGCAAAAACCAUUGCACAGCACGAAGAAUUAAUGAAAAAAACUGAGACCAUGAAUGUGCUGAUAGAAACCAACAAGAUGCUAAGAGAAGAGAAGGAGAGGCUAGAACAAGAGCUACAGCAAAUUCAAGCCAAGGUACGCAAGCUUGAGGCAGACAUUUUACCUCUACAAGAGUCUAAUGCUGAACUGAGUGAGAAAAGUGGAAUGUUGCAGGCAGAGAAAAAACUGUUGGAAGAAGAUGUUAAACGUUGGAAAGCCCGGACUCAGCAUUUAUUGAAUCAACAGAAGGACACGGAUCUCGAAGAGUAUCGGAAGCUGCUUUCGGAGAAGGAGGCAAACACCAAACGUAUACAGCAGAUGAGUGAAGAAACAGGCAGGCUUAAAGCAGAAAUGGCCAGAACUAAUGCAUCCCUAACUACAAGCCAGAACCUUGUUCAGAGCCUGAAGGAUGAAGUGACUAAAAUAAGAGCGGAAAAGGAUACGUUGCAGAAAGAGCUAGAUGCUAAAGUAGCUGACAUACAGGAAAAAGUGAAAACUAUAACUCAGGUCAAGAAAAUUGGGCGCAGGUACAAGACUCAAUAUGAGGAGCUGAAAGCACAGCAUGAUAAGAUGGUUGCUGAAGCAUCGACUCAGUCGUUUGUAGAACAGCAAGAAGAACAAGUUUCUGCCCAGGAAGUACAAGAGCUGAAAGACACUCUCAGUCAAGCUGAAGCAAAGACAAAGGCUUUGGAGGCUCAGGUUGAAAGUUUACAAAAGGCUAUAGCAGAGAAGGAAACCGAAGUUAAAAAUCUUCAGGAGCAGAUAACACAGCUACAAUCUGAACUUGCUCGUUUUCAUCAAGAUCUCCAAGAGAAGACAACGCAGGAAGAACAGCUCAGGCAACAGAUCACUGAGAAGGAAGAGAAAACUAGGAAGACCUUGCUUGCGGCCAAGCAGAAAAUUGCCCAGUUAGCUGGUACGAAAGAACAGCUUACAAAAGAAAAUGAAGAGUGGAAGCAGAAGAGCAGCUCGUUAGAGGAGCAGAAGACUGAAUUGGAGGUGCGGAUGAGUGCGCUCAAAUCGCAGUAUGAAGGUCGAAUCUGCCGCCUGGAAAGGGAGCUUAGAGAGCAGCAAGAGCGACACCACGAACAGCGAGAUGAGCCACCAGAGUCUACAAACAAGGUCUCAGAACAGCAAAGGCAAAUCUCGCUCAAGUCUACUCCGGCUUCAGGUGAAAGAGGAAUUGCUAGCACUUCGGAUCCUCCAACAGCAAAUAUUAAGCCAACUCCUGUUGUGUCAACUCCAAGUAAAGUGACUGCUGCUGCAAUAGCUGGGAAUAAGUCUACUCCAAGAGCCAGUAUCCGUCCAAUGGUUACUCCUGCUACAGUCACUAAUCCUACCACGACUCCAACAGCCACUGUUAUGCCAACAACACAGGUGGAGACUCAGGAAGCUAUGCAGUCAGAAGGACCUGUGGAGCAUGUUCCAGUCUUUGGGAGCACUAGUGGGUCUGUACGUUCCACCAGUCCUAAUGUUCAGACAUCUCUCUCUCAGCCCAUCUUGACUGUUCAGCAGCAGACUCAAGCAACUGCUUUUGUGCAGCCCACUCAGCAAAGUCAUCCUCAAAUUGAGCCUGCGAAUCAGGAGCCAUCCCCUGCCAUUGUGGAGGUUGUACAGAGCUCUCAAAUAGAGAGGCCCUCCACUUCUACAGCAGUGUUUGGCACAGUUUCAGCUACCCCAAGUUCUUCGCUGUCUAAACGUGCACGAGAGGAAGAAGAGGAUAACACUGUGGAAAACUCGGACCAAAUUUCAGAAGAAACUGUGGAUGUACCUCUUCCAAAGAAACUGCGAAGCAUACAGAGAGUAGGACCAGAGGAGGAAGUGACAGCAGAAGAGAGCACUGAUGGCGAGGUAGAAGCUCAAACAUACAAUCAAGACUCACAAGACUCAAUUGGAGAAGGUGUUACCCAGGGAGAGUACACUCCCAUGGAGGAUAGUGAAGAAACUUCUCAGUCUAUCCCAAUAGAACUUGGACCUCUUCAGUCAGAUCAACAAAAUACUUCAUCAUCUCAGGAUGGUCAGUGCAAGAGAGACGAUGUCAUUGUAAUUGAUAGUGAUGACGAAGAUGAUGAUGAUGAAGAAAAUGAAGGCGAGCAGGAAGACUAUGAGGAUGAGGAAGAGGAAGAUGAAGAUGAUGAUGAAGACACAGGGAUGGGGGAUGAAGGUGAUGACAGUAAUGAAGGAACUGGUAGUGCUGAUGGUAAUGAUGGGUACGAGGCAGAUGAUGCUGAGGGUGCCGAUGGCACAGAUCCUGGAACAGAAACUGAGGAGAGCAUGGGAGGAGGCGAAAGCAACCAGAGGGCAGCAGAUUCUCAAAACAGUGGAGAAGGGAGUACAAGUGCUGCAGAGUCCACUUUCCCUCACGAAAGUUCGAGAGAACAGCAGCCGUCAUCGGCCUCGGAGAGACAGGCCCCUCGGCCCCCACAGUCACCACGCAGGCCACCACACCCGCUGCCCCCACGACUAACUAUUCAUGCUCCUCCUCAAGAACUGGGGCCCCCGGUGCAGAGAAUCCAGAUGACUCGAAGACAGUCAGUGGGGCGUGGACUUCAGCUAACUCCUGGCAUAGGUGGGAUGCAGCAGCACUUCUUUGAUGAUGAGGACAGAACAGUUCCAAGCACACCAACUCUCGUAGUUCCACAUCGUACAGAUGGGUUUGCAGAAGCCAUUCAUUCCCCCCAGGUAGCUGGAGUUCCUAGAUUCAGGUUUGGACCUCCUGAAGAUAUGCCACAAACUAGCUCCAGUCACUCAGAUCUUGGUCAGCUUGCGUCCCAAGGAGGUUUAGGAAUGUAUGAAACCCCCCUGUUCCUUGCUCAUGAGGAAGAAUCAGGUGGUCGUAGCGUUCCCACAACGCCGUUACAAGUUGCAGCACCAGUGACAGUUUUUACUGAAAGUGCCUCAGCGGAUGCUUCAGAGCACGCUUCCCAGUCUGUCCCAAUGGUUACAACAUCUACUGGCAAUCUGUCCACCACCACGGAGGCUGGAGCGGGUGAUGAUGGGGAUGAAGUUUUUGCAGAGGCGGAAUCCGAAGGAAUCACUUCGGAAGCAGGCCUAGAAAUUGACAGCCAGCAAGAAGAAGAAUCUGUUCAAGCAUCUGAUGAGUCAGAUCUUCCUUCGACUAGUCAAGAUCCUCCUUCUAGUUCAUCGGCAGACACAAGCAGUAACCAGCCUAAGCCGUUUCGACGUGUCCGACUUCAGCCACCGACAUUGAGAACUGGUGUUCGUGGUCGUCAGUUCAACAGACAGAGGGGUGUAACUCAUGCAAUGGGAGGCAGAGGAGGCCUGAACAGAGGAAAUAUUAGUUAAAUGAUCUGUAAUUACAGCUGUGCAUACAAAAGUGCCAGUUUGCUCGUGGUUGCUUUAGUGUAAUGAAGCCAGAGCUUAAAGCAGCAUUUUAUUCUUAGAUUUGUGUGCACACAUUUCAAUGUCUUUAUUAAUAAAAAUUAGACAAAAUGUCAACA